UGUAAGUUUUUUCUUGUAUGCAAUGUACUUUAAAGUUUCUUCUAUUUGAAAAUAAUGAAAUAAAACGAACUAAACCAUCAAGAAAGACGAAAGCCGAUUAAUUGCCGGAAACUGAAGUGCAUUUCUAUUAAACAUAAUUCUGUCGAAACAAUACGAAACAAAAUAAAGAAUCUUAGAAAAGAAUAAAACACAUUCAAACAUAAUCUUAUCAAUUCACUAUCCGGCUAUUGAAAGAAAGAAUACCUAUUACUUUUUUGUGCAAUGAAAAAAUAAAUUAAGUUGAUUCUUUGUUUAGAUUUAUUGACUACACACAGAAUUGCUUGCUGGUUCUAUUUAUAUAUCGAUUCAUUCACCUGGAGGAGGGAACAUACAUUUAUUUUAAUAUUAUUCCAAUUUAUGAAACAUUAACAAAACCCAACAACAUGUCACAAUCUAAAUUAAGUCAAGUGUUUAGCUAUCAAUCCUGGGUUCAUGCUGUAUCUGGGGCGACAGGAGGUGUAAUUGCCAUGUCGGUAUUUUAUCCAUUGGACACAGUGCGAUCACGAUUACAAGUUGAAAACACAGAUCGUAGGAAGGCCCUCAACACUCUCCAAGUCAUUCAGCAAUUGGUUCGCGAAGAAGGUUUUUCAACUCUCUAUCGCGGUCUAGUGCCGGUGUUACAAAGCUUAUGCAUUUCAAAUUUUGUCUACUUCUAUGCAUUCCAUAGUUUAAAGGCUCUAAACGGCAGCGCUCAGCAAAGUGCCAUACGUGACCUGUUCCUGGGAUCGAUAGCUGGGAUUAUCAAUGUCCUAUCGACAACUCCUUUUUGGGUAGUCAAUACCCGUAUUAAGAUGCGAGGAGUAAGCGGUCUCGUCGAUGAUAGCUCAAAAAAAUACAAAAACCUUCUCGAGGGACUUGUGUAUAUCGGAAAGACCGAAGGAAUAGCUGGGUUGUGGUCUGGAACCAUUCCAUCGCUGAUGCUGGUCAUAAAUCCCGCUUUGCAGUUUAUGAUGUACGAGAUGUUGAAGAGAAGAUUGACAAAUGCUUAUGGAGAAAUAUCCAGUCCGGCCUACUUCUUGAUUGGGGCAGCGGCUAAAGCAUUUGCAACUGUCCUAACAUAUCCCAUACAAUUGGUGCAGACAAAGCAGCGUCAUCGAUCGGUCUCUGAUGAAUUUGCAAAGAAUGCUGGGACAAUCCAAAUGGUUCUGACAAUAUUGAGGGCACAAGGAGCGAAAGGAUUAUUCCGUGGAUUGGAGGCAAAGAUCCUGCAAACAGUUUUGACAGCAGCUCUCAUGUUUUCCAUCUACGAGAAGGUUGCCAAAGGCGUCGGUGUAGUUUUGGCAAAGAAAUCCUGAAAAUAGAUCGGAAAUCGAAGUCGCAAUCGCAAUCGCUAACAGAAAAACGGUGAUAGUAGUUUAAGAAAGAAACCAAGGUGUGUGCUAUUAAUUUUAAUUCAAGGAACAGAAGAAAAAAACAACUAACAAUAUAUAACCAAAGAGUAUAUUAAAAAUAAAUCUUAAGAAUACUUCAA